AUGUCUUUGCCCGCAAGCGUCGACCUUAGCUCGGUCCAGCGAUGGCGUAAUAGCUCUUCGACAGAUAGCAAAGCGCGCGAGCAAUGGCCUAGCCAGCUUCAUUCACACCUACCAGGGACUAAGUCUCGGUCAAGCCAGGCUGUAGAGAAUUAUCAGCAGCUUCGGAAAGCAGACAAAACUCUCUCGGAUGAGGCAUAUCGACAAGUCCAUGAUGGGGAUGCGCCCUCACCUGAGUUUCAAGAAGAAAUGCGCCAACUCAAUGAUGAAGAUCCACCUAGCACCCCCGAGACGGCAUCCCUGGUAAGCUUCCAGAUCUCCAAGACAAGUUUCAAUACCUACGAGAUGUCAGGCAAGAAACGUCGCCCGCAUCACAGUCGCUCAAGGGCGGAAUCGACGCACUCGACAGGAUCUCAAGUCUCGGAUGCGUCGGUAGAGCCGGGUUAUUCUGUUUUUCACGCAAUGGUUUAUCUGAUAGAGGAGAAUCUCAAAGCCAAAUUUUUACGGCCUCGACUGAUUCGCAGCACAAAGCCGUGUGCUAAGGAAUCCUGCAGGCUUGCAAUAAUGGCUCUUCUACACAAAGUUCAUAAACGAUACGACUUGUUGGAUGAGAUUGCGGUCACGAGCAGAGCUCAACGCAAUGAUGACCUUGUAGAGCUAUACGAUGACAUGAAGCUUGCUUUUAAAGACUUCACUUCAGAGUCUGUAUACCGCAAGGGCUCAGACGAAUUUUACACUCAAUUUACUUCCGAAAUCUCAGAAUUUGGCUUCAGAUUGGAUCAAUGCAUGGGUCUGAACCUCGAUGAAGGAGUUGUGUCUCCCGGCGGUCAGGGAUCACACCCAGUCAGGCAAUCGCAAUUGGCCCUCGAUAGGAGCAAAUACGAAAAUGCCAAAGCCAAGAUGAUGUAUAAGUUAUCCAGACAUAAGUGUCAUAAUUUAUCUCAAAACCGGGUGCAGAGCCAAGGCGGAACAAUAUUGGGGCGUCUGUUUAAUCGAGCCCAAUAG